ACAAAAACUUGAAUUUUGUUUUAUCUAUUAUAGGGUGUGGAACAAAUGGGAUCAAACAACCACCACUACAACCACAGUCCUGCAUACAUGGAUUACGGUGCCAAAACAAUCAAAAUGGAACAACCAGAGCCUGGAGAAAUGAUGAUCAAGACUGAGCCAGAAGCCUUUGAUGACGAUUAUGGUAACGGCGAAUAUCACGGAAUACCUUGUGAAACUCAAAUCAGAGAGGUGGAGUGCCAAUCGUUGCCAGAUUACAGAAGAGAUAUGCAGAAGCAGCCAGACAACAGUCACAACAUCAACUCGACCGAAAUAGUUGUCUCUCUGAAUCCAGCUGAGCACUUCCCACCCGACUUCCAUCAACAGAGCAGUAAGCAUGAACCCAAUAUGUUUAUAAAUGGUUGGAAUGAUGGAUUACAUGAGCGCAAUAAAUUCACCUCAAAUGUUCCACGAAUCGGCAACAGGAAACGCUACAGAUGUAGACUUUGUUUCAAAAGUUUCACAACAAUAUGGUAUUUGAAAGUACACAUGGAUAGUCACAAAGGAACGGAAUACGCCUGCAAUAUUUGCAACAAAACGUUCACUUCCAGACUAUCCUACACAGUGCAUCAGCACAUUCAUCAAGGCAAAGAGUUUUCUUGCGAGAAAUGCAACAAGACCUUCACCACUAGAGCUGGUUGGAAAAUUCAUAUGGACAUUCAUGAAGGUAAGACCUACCCUUGUACUGUUUGUAAUAAAACAUUAACUACCAAGAAUGGGUUGAAGCUUCAUAUGAAUAUCCAUAUUGGCAAGCAGUUCACCUGUCAACUGUGUAACAAAAGUUUUGCUACAAAAUGGUAUUUCAGAGACCAUAUGCGAUGUCAUCAAGGUAUAAUGUACACUUGCAACCUAUGUGGCAAGGGCUUUACAACACGCAUGAGUUUGAAAUUGCAUAUGGACAUUCAUGAAGGUAAACAGUACACGUGUGAUGUAUGUAACAAGUCGUUCUCAGCCAAGAGUACCCUGAAAAUGCAUAUGAACUGUCACAGCGGUGAAAUGCAUACAUGCACUUAUUGCAACAAGAGCUUUACAACAAAGUCCUAUUUGAAAGUGCACCAAGAAGGUAGUGAAGAAACAAACAUUACCUGCUACUUUUGUAGUGAGUCAUUCACUAGAAAAUGUGUGUUCAAAGCACAUCUUGAACGUCAUAUGGGCGAACAGUUGACUUGCAAAAUAUGCAACAAGAGCUUCACUACGAAAGCUGGCCUGAAACUGCAUAUUGACAUGCAUGAGGGCAAGAAUUAUCCAUGCGAACUUUGUGAGCGAAGUUUCUCUUCGAAAGCUGGCCUCAAGUUCCAUAUGGACAUGCACGAGGGAAAGGAGUAUCCUUGCGAGUUAUGCAACAAAACCUUCACUACCAAAUGGUACUUGACCGCUCACCUUCACAGUCAUCAGGGUAAUCAACCGAUUUGCACUUUGUGCAAUAAAACUUUCACAACGAAUUAUAGUCUGAAACUUCACAUGGAAAUGCAUGCAGGAAAGGUAUUGAGGUGUGAACAGUGCGAUAAAAAUUUUACCACAAAGACUGGUUUGAAAUUGCAUAUGGAAGCGCAUGAAGGCAAACGUUAUCCUUGUGUUGUAUGUAAUAAAACAUUCACUGCUAGAAGUUCGUUGAAAAUACAUCUGAACAUGCAUACUGGGGAGUCGUUUGCUUGUGAAUUUUGUCUGAAAAGGUUUUCCACUAAGGCGUAUCUGAAAAUACAUCAAGAUGCUAGUGAGCAGAAGUUUUUCUCGUGCUACUUUUGUAACGACACGUUCAACAGGAAGUGUUCGUUUCGUGUGCAUCUGGAAAGCCAUGGUGGCGAUCAGCUGACUUGCAAGAUUUGUGACAAAGUAUUCACCACCAAAGUUGGUCUCAAACUGCAUAUUGAUGCCCAUGAGGGCAAAGAGUACUCGUGUACCAUUUGCAACAAGAGUUUCGCUUCCAAAUGGUAUUUAAAUGUGCAUAUGGAUAGUCAUGAUGGUAAGCAGCCGACCUGUGAGAUCUGCAAGCGUUCAUUUACGACUAAUUACAGUCUCAAAAUGCACAUGGACAGUCACGAGGGCAAGGGAUAUUACUGCGAAAUCUGCAACAAGAAUUUCACUACCAAAACCGGUCUGAAACUGCACAUGGACAGUCAUGAAGGCAAGCGCUACCCUUGUGAGUUCUGUGAAAAAUCUUUCACAGCGAAAAGCUCCUUGAAAAUUCACAUAAAUGGUCAUUCAGGUGAACAGUACACGUGUGACUUCUGUUUGAAGAGUUUUACAACUAAAUCUUACUUGAAAAUACAUCAGAGCAACAAUCAGGAGGAAAAACAUUUCACAUGCGAGAUGUGUGAUGCCACUUUCACUCGCAAGUGUGCGAUGCGCGUGCAUUCAGAGACUCACGAUGGAGAUGAGCUGAGUUGCAAGGUGUGUGACAAACGCUUCACCACCAAGGUCGGUCUCAAACUGCAUCUAGACAUACACGAAGGCAAGCAGUAUACCUGCGACCUGUGUGACAAGUCCUUCUCGACCAAGUGGUACUUCAAGGCUCACUUGAGUAGUCAUGACGGCAACAACAUAGCCUGCGAAGUGUGCAAUGAAAACUUCACCAACAAAGCCGACCUGAAAGCACACUUGGAAAUCCACGGUGGCGACAAGAAUAUCUGUGAAUUUUGUACUCGAAGUUUCUCAUCGAAAGGCUACUUAAGAAUGCAUCAAGAUGUCAACGAAGAGAAACCUAUCUCUUGUUCUAUUUGUGAGGACAAGUUCACUUCCCGUUGUGCAUACAAAAUGCACCAGGAAGCUCAUGCCGAGAAGAAUGAAAUUAAAUGUGACAUUUGCCAAAAAACAUUCAAUACUGAAUCGUAUCUGAAGCUGCACAUGAAGUUCCACAAGCGCAGACGGCAUACUUGCAGUGUGUGUAACAAGAGUUUCAUUAAAAAACGUCAUCUAGAGUCACACAUGAAUUCUCACAACAAGGUUGUUGAAGAAGAGAAAAGUCAUCCUUGCACUUUAUGUGAUAAAUCUUUCUCUGAUGAAAACAAACUACGAUUGCAUUCGUACAGCCACCAAGAAGAUAAAGAAAAGAAGAUUUACAAAUGUGAAUUAUGUGAUGAGAACUUUACAUCUCGCGAAGGUUUCAAUCUACAUGUCUACGGUCACGGAGAUGAGUAUGUGUUUGAGAAAAAUACCUGCGAGCAUUGUAGUCGUAGUUUCACAUCAAGUUCGGCUUUGAAAAUCCACCUGGAUGCUAGUGAAGAUACAACUUCAAUCGUCUGUGAAUAUUGCGACCAAAGAUUUGAGAAAAAGUGUGCUUACAAAGUGCAUGUAGUCGACAACCAUCAAGAAGAGAAGCUGACUUGCAAACUUUGCAACAAGGUGUGUAACUCAGUUUCGGCUCUCAAGUUGCACAUGGAGUAUCACGAGAACAAAGAGUUGCCCUGUGAGCUUUGUGACAAGGUGUUCCCUACCAAUAACGCCUUGAAACUGCACUUGUCGAUACACGAUAACGAAGAGAAGACUUGCGAGUUUUGUAACCGUACAUUCACCACUAAAUCCUACAAAGCUACUCAUCUGGAAAAUAAUGAGGAGAGCAAUAUAGAUUGCGAGUAUUGUUCGGAGAAGUUUACAAGGCGUUGUGCGUACAAAGUUCACUUGGAACAGUGUCACGACGACGAGCAGCUUAUUUGCAAGCAGUGCAACAAAACGUUCGUCACCAAACACGGUCUCAGGCAGCACAUGGACAACCAUGAAGGCAAGCGGUACCCUUGCACUGUUUGCGACAAGACCUUCUCAGCUAAGAGUUCUCUGAGGAUACAUGUGGAAAGUCACACCGGCGAGCAACACACCUGCGACUUCUGCCACAAGAGUUUCACCACCAAGUCUUACUUGAAAGUGCAUCUUGAAGGCAACGAGCAGGAAAAGGACCUCAGCUGUGACUACUGUGAUGAAACAUUCACAAAAAAAUGUGUGUACAGAGUUCAUAUUGAGACGCAUAACGGAGAUGACUUGAAUUGUAAACAGUGCAGCAAAACGUUCACGUCAAAACUAGGCCUUAAAUUGCAUAUGGACAUGCAUAAAGGUAAACAGUAUCCUUGCCAGGUAUGCAACAAAGUUUUUAACUCAAAAAACGGACUCAACUUCCAUAAAGAUACCCAUUCAGGCAAGGAAUAUACUUGUGAAAUCUGUACCAAAACAUUUCCAACCAAUCGACGUCUCAAACAACAUAUGGAUUCACACAUCACCAAGCUUACUAAUUCGUGUGAUGAAUGCAACCAGAUGUUCCCAUCUAAAGCUAGUUUGAAACAGCAUAUGAGGGAAACACAUGAAGGAGUUGAAGAGGAGUAUAAUGAUGACAUAGAAAUUAAAGAAGAGGACAUUUCUUUGGAAGCAUUCGAAUCUGAGUUGAUUGAAGAAGAGGAAGAUAUUGAAGAUGCAGUUGUGAAAAUGGAAGUGGAGGAGGAAGAGAUGGAGUUGGAGGAGAAGCCACAAAUUGAUGACUCUGAAAAUGACAGCACAACUUGCAAAACUGACUCUUCAAAUCCGGCCAGCAAAGAAAAUCAUGACAACUCUAAAUUAGAAAAUAUCACGGAAAAUUGUAAAACAUCGUCUACUAGCUCUGACGACGACAAAAAAACAGGAGAACAAGUGAGAAGCCCUGACAAUAACGCCUGCGAAAGCAAUGAACAUCAAAACGCUUGUGACUCAUGUGAGAAAAAGUUUGAAUCGGCCGAAGCAUUGAAAGUGCACAAACUCAGUCACAGCUCGGAUCACGUUUGCCACAUUUGCCAGAAGACAUUCAGCUCCAAGUUUUACCUGAAGGUGCAUGUCAACAGUCACGAGAGCAACUUGUUCGCCUGUCACAUAUGCAACAAGGAGUUCAUCACAAAAGAGUCACUUGACGAACACACUAAAGAACAUACCAAGUAACUUGAUGCAUCUUAAAUUAACGCAUACAAAUUAAUUAUAGAAUAUUCCUAUCGGUGUUGAAAUUCGAAUCAAUUAUUAUUGUUUAGAUUGAAAUUACUAUAUAAAAAAUAUUGCUCCAUUUUGAUAGAAAUCAAAAAGUGUUAGUUCAACUCUUAUGUUUCAUUAUAUUGGAAACUAUACAUUGUUUGCAAAUUACAUUGGGAAUCAAAAUGUAAAGCAUUAGUUAGAACAAUACUGAUUGUUAUAUUGUUACACGUACCACUUUUCCCCACAUCACACUUAUACUUAUUAUCCUUGUAAGUCGAUGUUAUUCUAUCAUAUGUAUGAUAAAUUAGUAUUUCCACUUAUUGAUGUUGUCUGUUGAGUCAAGUUCUGUGUCUAGCUUAGAAGAUAUAUUGGGUAGAGUAUUUUAGGAUUAUAAUGUAUAACUGAUAUUAGUAGAUUUAUAAUAUUCCAAUUAUUGUAAUAUAAAAACAUGCAUUCAAUGUAAUUACUUAUUUUUUUGGGCAGUUCAAAAUUGACUCGAUUUUAGCAAAUUUAUCAUAAAUACAAAAAUGUAAAAUAAUAUUGAUAUAUUCAUUGUCAUAAUCAUUUACUAAUGUAUAUUUUCCAUUAUUUUUUCGUGUUGGAAUUUUGUUUUAUUUUUCAUUUUAUUGUCUUAUAAUAAUUACAAGUUUAAGGUCUUAUUUUUCCCUCGUCUACUUUUAACCAACAUGUUAUUAAUGAUGAUAGCAAAUCCAGCUUUGAUAUUUGUAUCAAUAUUAUUAUAAAUGGUUAAAGGUUUUCCAUUAUAAUGUCAAAUACUAAUAGAGUUAAUCCAACAAACGUAAUGUCUUCUCAGUAUUUGACAUCAAUGUUCAUUUAUCUUUAGAAAAGUUUUGUGUUUCGUUCUUAUUAUUUUGAUUAUUGAAGACUGUUUAGUGUUUUAACCCUUUGAGUGUUUAAAGCAUGGCUGAUUCGUACAUAACAUUUUUAUGGGUGUCGUAAAUGUUCAUUCUUUAUAUCAAUGUUCAUAUUAAUUAAAGAAAUAUGUGACCUUGCCGUUGCCAAUAGUGCCUCUUCAUUCGAUUAUUUAUCAAAACCCAAUUCAAUGUUUUAAAUGGAUCGUUACCGUAUAGACUACAACGGUAUUUACAAAACAUCAAAGUACAAUAUUAUUGCUUUCAAGCCGAUAAUAAUAGUAAUAAUAACAGUUUCAAUCAAUUUGAUAGAAAUAAUUAAUAUCACAGUACAAUUUAUAGAAUAGUACGAGCAUUCUAUUGAUGUUGUUUUAAAGUAACUAUUGUUACUAUUCAUUUUCCUAUAUAUUAACGAUAAUACACUAUUUUGUCAUACAGUAAUCAUCAUUGAAAUUGCCAGUUAUAGAUUCAAAGUAAUCUGUUACUAAAUUCGAUGAAUUAUUCCUGAACUUUUCACCCAAUUUGGAAAUUUCAAUGUAAUUUUUUUACCUCAACUUGUUUUGAUCUUAUAACGCUUUCCGCUGUUUAUAAUUUUUAAAGCUUUUCACUUAAUUUAAUUAAUGAUUUUCACUGAUGAUUGUAACAAUGAAUCUUCUCAGGUAAUUAAUUGCAACGCCUUAGAUAAAUAUUCAAAAUUGACUACCAUUAUCACCGAAUAAUAUGUGAAUGGAUAUAUUUUCACAUUUUUAGGUGUAUUUGGUUGAUUGAUUUCACAUUUUUACGGUGAAUUCGUUCUUGUAUACACAAGAUUAGAAUCUAUAGAGAUGUAAUGAUUGUAAUGAAAAUAGCUUUUUUAAGUUUUAAGAUAACACCAUAAAAUGUAUGAAUAUUGUAUUUUCUUGCAGUUACAAAUCUAGAGACUGUCACUCAUAUAAUAAGGGUCAAUUAAACUUUAUUUAUCUUUUAGUUACUUAUUUGAUAGAUUUUUAUACUAUUCUUUGUAAUGUGACUAGCUUCUCCUAAGUAUCUGUCCAUUGGGCUGAAAAUUGUUCUUGUUUUAGGAUUUUUUUCGAACUUUGUUAUUGUUUCCUCAUGUUAUAGCUUCUGUAUGUACAUAGAACUCAUAGAACAUAGAAAAAUUACAUAAUUACAUGGAAUGGAUAUAUAAACAAAGUUUGUAACAUGUCUAUUAAUUUCGAAAUGGUAUUAUUUGGUGAGAUGAUACUGAUAUCCAGAAAUGUAUUGUGUAAAAAAUAAUGGAAAACAAUUUUCUUUGAAAAAAUGUGGUAUGUGUGAUUAUACGUUAUACGUAUGCGUUAUACAAUAAUAUUAGCUAAUGAAUUUCUAUCACAUAUGACUGUGUAUUUUGGACAUACUAUGCAUAUUUAGAUUAUUUUAGGACCAAUGCUAUUUUAGGUAGAAUUGGUUAUGGGAUAUAGGAUAGAUGUUUACGGUAUAAAAAUUGAAUUAUUGUCAAUAUUCUCUAUAAUAGAUACUUUUUAGAAUAGUAUAAUACUAUAAUGCUUGGUAGUUUGACGUGUGACUUCUAGAAUAAUUCAUCAACCAAGAUCAAUUUUGAUGAAGGGCCAACUCUAUGCCAAUUAUAUGAGAUUAGCAAUGCACAAUAAAUUACCCAUCAAAUACGAAAUUCAAAAUUAAUAAAUUUAUUACCCUCUCUGGAAUUGAAACUAUGAAAUUGAAAUUUCAAGCAAUAAAAACAUACUAAAUGCAAUGCAUUAAUAAUUUUAUUAGAGCUAAGUUAUAAUACAAAUUAUAAUUGAAGCCACAUAUAAUUUCUGAUUUUAAUAUUCUUAUUAAAUUUGACAUGAUGAAAAUAAUCAAUGAAUUUUACAAUUAUAGUAACUUGUUAUUUAUUUUAUUUUUGUUGAGUACGGUAAAUAAUUAUAUAAUGUAUGACUGUGAGUACUAUGUGCCAAGUUCAGGAGAUGGUUUAAAAUGAUAAAACUUAUUUUAUAAUCAGUAGUUUAUCUUCAGAAGAAAAGCAAAGUACAGGGAGUUUCCUCGUUCAUGAUUAAUACAUUUACGUUGAAUUUAACAUAGCUGGUAUAUUUGGUAUCAUCUCACUUCAAAGCAUGAUAUUGUAAACAUAUAACUAUAGAGUGAGUAGGCUAGAGAUAAUGAAUUGAAUGUUGUACAUUAUAUCUAUGGAUAAUAUUAAUUUGUGAAAUAGAAGAAUUUGUUUAUUGAAUAUUCCUCAUGAAAUAUAGAAAUGCAUAUUUGAGUAAGUUACUGUAGAUCGCUUCUAGUUCAUGAAUUGAAAUAAUCACUAGCAGAAAAAUUUGAAAAAUUAUCCUGCUCUAAAGAAUUUUAUCUUGAUAAUAAUGACAGGAUUUUAUGAAUAAUUAUGAUUGGAAAAUGUCUAGUCCAUAAUCCAGUUUACAGCUUACAAUUUUAUUUAGAAUUUAUUUGAAUGAUUAUUAUUAUUUAUCUAGAGACUGAAAAAGAAAAUAAUAUAUACCAACCUGAAAACUGGUUUUGGUGCUAAUUUUCAUUGAGAAUAUAUCUGUACGUACCUAUUUAUAGUAAUGUAAUGAAAGAUUAUAUUACGAAGUGUAUGAGUAUUUUCUGUUUUUGCAACAAAUAUAUUGAUCGUUCAUAUGCUUCCAAUCAUCCAAAAUCAUCUAAUCAUAGGAAAAUACUCUCAUUCUUCACAUAACAACGUCCUAUGCUCCAUUGUUUUGAAAAUAAUAAAAUUAAAUUGAAAAUCUUAUAGUAAUAUUAUGAUCGAGAUAUAACAAAAGGCUCAUCCAAAACUGCUUUUAUUCCACGUUUUAAUAUCCCAAUAAUCGACUCAUUGAUGCCUCUCAAUAUUUCAAUAUCUUGAAAAGAAAAUUAAGUCAAUCAAUAUAUAGAACAAAAAAACUACAGCAACAAAUAAUAUAUUACAAGUAGUAUAUAUUUUAGGAAACUGUUAAUAAUUCAUAAUUAUCAUAUAACAUAACUACUCCUUUCAUCUAGCCGCAAGUAGCUUUAUACUAUUGUGUCUUAUGCUACCUCAAAGUGAAAUCCUUGAUUAGCUAUGAAGUUGAUAUAAUAUGGGUGUGUAUGAAUUUUUACAAAUACUGUAUAUUUCCACGUAUUUAUGGUCAGUACUCAUUCACUUAAUCAACUACUAUAUGUACUUUAAAUUCUAUAAAUUUAAUUCAGUAUACAGUCUUAUAUGUAUUCAUACUUUUUCCAACAAAUACAUUAUUUACAAAGCAUUUUUGUUGAUUGUCCACUGAAUUUUCUCUGAUGAAGAUCAUACUUGUAAAAGUAAUUACUCAAUAUCCAUAUUCAUUCAUUCUAGCAUUCAUAGAUGAUAUAAUUAUCAUCUGGUUUCCUUCUGAUGAAAUUUCCGCAUCCAUUUUAUUCAAUAAAAUUAGGCUCGUAUUAGAGUAGGCAACCAGACGGCAUCACCGGUCGCGCCAGCGGUUGUUUCACCGGUUACUGUACAGCCAGCCAGCCACGUCGCCAUGAGUGAGUCAUCACCAGUAAACCUACUGACUUACUUACUUAGAAUUUUUUUUUUUUACUUACCUUAAAGUAAAUUAAUUACAAGUUAUCUUCUGGCGAAAUACAUUUCCUCAUUCUGGUGUUUGUUCCGGUUAUGUCUACCUUUAUUAGUGAAAACAAUUCAAAAAGGAUAAUUUUAACAUUCUCAUGAAGGCCUAAUUGAAAAAUUUCUUUUCAUCAUUACAAAGUUCGUCGAAAAGGGUAUAAAACAACUUUUGUUUCUCCAAGGGAUAAUAUCGGAUGCACGUGCAUUUUCCUUGCCCGUCACCUACUUUUCUUUAACAAAAGAGCAAGAAGCAGCGUUUCUUCAUAUUUUUCAGACAUUACGACCGCUCACUACACUAGCAUCAAACAAACUGAACUCGUAGAAUACAAAAAUACAGUCGUGAUGACGCAAAAGUGGUGACUGUGUGUAAUAGGUGCCAUUUGAUUCAAUACUCAGCGAUAAUCUUGGUCACCCAGCGGUGACUCGUCUGGUUACGGGGCAGAGUAGCCAGUCAGUCACCAAACGCUGGAGACGCAACCUGUUACUGUAAUAUAAUAAGCGCCAUAAGAACUAGUACCCAGCAACUAGUCGGGUCACCGGUGAUGCAGCUUGGUUACCUAGUCUAAUACGGGUCUAAAGGGUCUGUGUCUUUGAACGACUCGGAGCAAAAUCACUACACACUAGUAGUGAGCAACGCUAGCCAGGUCUGUCAUACUUUUCAAGGCUAUCCUCUUCACCAAAAUCUAAAUCGUCCAAUAAUGGAGAUAGAGGAAUUUUGAUUUCAGAUUUGAAUUCAGCGACCUCAAAUUCGUUAACGCGUAAGUCCCAUUUUCGAAAAUACCCUAAAACAAAGGAAGUUAUGGCUGUUUUUAAUAUAGCUUUCUAUUAUCAUAGUAAACACGUAAUAUGUAAUUAUGUAAAAAAUUGAAAUAUGUUUAUUCUACAGCUAAUAAAAAUGUUGGGGAAACACCGGUAUUAUUAUUGUUCAGUACUAGUACUUUCUUGCUUCAAGAAAGGUUCAACCAAGUUCUUCAUAGAAAUAUAAUUCUUCAUUAAUAACAUUAAAGUGCUCACAGAGUUUUUAUUUUCGACUAUUUUAGAGUUCCCGCGAACCAUUUUACUAAUUCGAGGGCGCUGAAUCCGAAUCUGAAAUCAAAACUUUGCUAUCUCGAAUUUAGGCGAUUUAGAUUUUUGGUAACUAAGCGCCAGGCCGGGAGAGCCUACACACUCACGGUUAUUAUUAGGUUUAAUAUUAUACUACCAAAUUAUUUCUUGUUGAUUGAUCAAAUAUAUUUAUUUAAUAUUAUACAAAUUCUGCGUUUAAUACUUACUCCUAUUCAGCAUUUUGUUUCAAUUAAACAAUUUUUUCUACAAUAAUCGAAAUGGCCAUUUGUCCCAAUUUUGUUUGGCAGCACCUGUUUGUUGAAUUGAGCAAUAAUAGCUCAUUUACUUGAAUCAAAUUGUGAUUGUUACAUUUUCCUAAUUCCUUUAUGCAUUAUUACGUACCGUAUAUUGUAUUUCAUUUAUUUCAAUGUGAUUUUUAAUGAUUAUUAUAAUCAUUUUGUUUUUUAUGUAAUGUUUUCAUAUUUUGUAUUGGCAAUACUCUGAUAGUAUUGCAUAAUGUUCUAUAAUUUGUGCAGUGCAUUUGCCAUUUAACCUUAAGUCUUAAUAUAAACAUAUUUUUUAGAUACAGGUGCCAGCAUAAUUAUUGAUAUCAAAAUAGAUUGAAGUCCCAAUUCGAAUCGAACUUUCCAUUAUCAUAUUAUUUAGUGGUAAUUACCACUUGUAUUAGUUUGUAAUUUUUGUUACAAGAGGCAUUCUAAUAAUAUUUUAAUUACGUUCAAGUCUAGCUACAGAAUUUUUUUUGUCAACUUUAUAGACUUGCAGAAAAUAUUCUUUCAGCUGUAGGCUACUUCAAGUUUUGCUAGCAUCUGUAUUAACAUGAUAUACUGUAAUAUUGGUAAUAAGAUUUCUAAAACAUAUUUAUCCAUUAUCAGUCAUGACAAACCACUUGAUGUUAAUAAACUCAAAUUUUAAGAGUA